UUAUACCUGGCAGUCUCGUUCCCACACCUGUGUGCCAUACAGGUGCGUGAAAGACAGGGAUACAGGUGUUGUGUAGCAGUGGUCAGCGUUUGGUUACUGGCAGAAGUGGUCAGUGUUGUGCCCCGGACAGAGGUUUGCUUGAUGUCUCUGAUGGACUCCGCGCUACUACCAAGGGAAGAGGAGGAGGAUAAUGAUGGCGGUAUAGCCCGACCCAACACUCGGUGUAAGAGUGCGCGCAGUGGCAGCAAUCGUGUACGGUCGGCCAAGAAACGGGACAGCUACUCCGAGGAAAAGUCAUGCGAGAUCAGUCUGAAUAUGAAGAUAUAUCAAGUAUCGCUGGGAUCUGAGGACGAUACGGGCUCCCAACAGACCAAACGGGAUUUGGCCGAGCGCUUCUACGACGUCAUCAUACAAAAGAAAGAACAAUUCUGUUGGACGUUGGAGGCUGCUAUUGACAUUCGUGACGUCAAAGUCGAAACAAUUACCAGAGGGAGCAUGUGUGUUAAGUGCACGUGUUUGACACUUGGAGCAUUAGAGUCACUUAAUCAAAUGUUCAAAAGUCGACGUCUGUCGGCUGUUUGUCAAUCCGUGUUUGUCACGGAUCGUAUCCUGGAACUAGUAGGAGCCAAGUCAGUUAAACUGGAUGUUACCAUAGAUACGGACGAAUUGGACGCGUCACGAGAAGUGCUCUUGUCACGCAAGUUCAAAGAGUGUACAUUAGUCCAUCCAGCGGACACACUGUCCACUCCAACAGAUUACCCUAGUCUUGACCACAUUCCGGUCACCGCUGAUGUGGUAGUGAUCGAGAAACACUUUGAUGUUGUUGGCUGGCGCAUGCGCCUCAGUGCUGAGGUUGAGGCAGUGCGUCAUCGAUACACAUGUUUCAAUGACUCAAUCGACCUCUUCAUCAGAACCCUGCAGAUUAUCAUGCCGAUUGGCAAAGUCGCCAUUGAAUCUCUUUCAGAUGUCAUCGGACUCUAUAGCCAUUUAGUCGGAAGUUCUUCGUUAUCUUCCGGUAUGCGGACUGAUCUGGUUCGAGAGUAUCUGUCGACUGUGAACAGUAUACGAAUUCUAGUAGACGACAUUAAGGCCAAAUCGUCUCAGGCCUCCGGGGACGAGAGUGACGAUGACUACCAGAUCAUGACGUGUUUGAUCAGUGAACUCCAGGACAUGCUUCUACCCAAACACGUGUUUGAGGAAGAUAUCAGUGUCCUUGACCGCAGGGUCAAUCCCGCGGAGAAGCCGUUCCUAGGGCUGAUAUGUUUUGUGCCACUUCUUCUUGCCAAACUGUCGACCGUUCUCUAUACACUCAGCGCUCCCGGAGUAUCUAAAUAAAACUUGUUA